AAGGUUAUGAGUGUUAUGAUUAGAAUAAGUUCUCCAGGUAUUAAUUUUCCCCUGUGCCACAUCCCCCCGGUGCUAACGAACCUCCUUCUCCAGGUGAACGGGCACGACGUGAGCGGGCUGAGCCACACUGAGGCGGUGCAGGUGUUCCAGGAGGCGGAGGAGCCCAUCCUGGUGCAGGUGUUGCGGCGCCCCCACAACAACAACACCCAGCAGCACCCGCCCUCGCCCCCCGCCCACGCCCACGCCCCGGGAAAGCAGGGGAGGAAGGGCGAGGAGGAGGAGGAGGAGGAGGCGCGGGAGGAGGAGGGGAGUGUGAGGGAUGGAGAUAGCAGCACAACGGGGACGCAGACGGAGAUUUCCCUGAUGGGCGUGAGCGAGUGGGAGGUGGCGGCGUCAGCGUGGGCGGCGGCGGCAGCGGCGGGCGUGGGCGUUGGUGUGGGUGACGGGAGCGAUUCUGACUCCCCGGACGGCGACUACAUCUUCCCCGGCGAUCUCCCGCAGUCGAUCUCGCAGUACUUGGAGCAGGAGAUUGACCUUGAAGAGAUCAUCUUGGAACGCACCACGGAGAAUGAGAAACUCGGCCUCACCCUCUACUACAGCAACGCCCCCGCCCCCCCGCCCACGCACGUAGCGGAGCAGGACCCAGCAGCAGAGGACGAGGGCAGGGGCGAUGGGGGGCAGGGCAGCAAGGGCGUGGUGACGGAGGUCCUCGUGUCCCAGAUUGAGCAGGGGACGGUGGCGAGCAGGGACGGCAGGCUGAGGAUAGGCGACCAGAUCUUGCAGAUCAAUGGUGUGGAGCUCACUACCAAGGCUCAGACCGAGGAGCUCUUUGCUGGCUGUGGCACGAGGGUCAGUCUGCUAGUCUCCCGCACCCAGUAUUACGACGAGGAUGACCUGGUGGAGGGCGAGGUGCUGGAGGACGUGGUGGAGGAGGAGGAGGAGGUGGAGCUGCUGGAGGCCAACUCGGAGUUCCUCACAAGCAGGUCCCCGGUGCUGUCCAUGCGCAGCAGCAACAGCGGCGACAGCAAAAAGGUCUCCCAGGAGGACUCGGCCCACGCCAGCACCACCCGCUCUUCCUCCUCCUCCACUUCCUCCUCCUGUGAACGGAAACCGACCAAGAGAGACUCCUCCACAUCCUCCACCUCCUCUAGAGGCUCACAGGUGCAGGUCGCUGGCGCCGGCACGAUGGAGCGGGAGAUGGCCGUGCUGGGGGAGAAGAUGGCAGAGCUGGCCCAGGAGUGCGAGGAGCUGGAAGCAGAGCGGCGGGGCGGCCCCAAGGAGGUGGAGGCCCCGUACAAGGUUCCUCUUGAAGUGCAGCAGAAGCAGCAGCAGCAGGCACUGCAGCAACAAAAACGGUCUCCAGCCAAAGGGUCAGUCUCUGGGCGGCCGCCAGCCAGGCCGCCGCCGCCCCCUGGCUCAGAGUCGGAGCACAUCUACGAGUCCAUCCCAGACGUGAGUGAGUCUGACGAGCCAAUCUACUGUGUCCCGUAUGAACCCGGCGGUGGCGGCAGCGGCCGCCGCCGCACGCCAGGCCGCGCCAGCACCCAGCCCCGGCCCCAGGGCCACCAGAAGGCCCUGCAGCCCCAGCCGGCCCAGUCUGGCCGGGCAGGCCGGGGCAGCGGCACCAGCAGCAGCAGCGGCGGCAGUGUGCGUGAGCGGCGGGCGGCAGAGCGGAAACAGUCCGUGGAGAAGUGGAUGAGGGAGAACCCUCACCCUCGCUCCCCCCCUUCCACCAAGCCAUCACCAACCCCCCCGAAGCCCCAGGAGGAGCGGGACUCCUCCUCCGCCUACAACACCGGGGACUCCACCGGGAGCACCCACCAGCCCCCCACACUGGAACUGAGCCUCGGCCAGGACCCCGCCCUCAGGCAGUCCACCCUCACCCUCUGCCCGCCCACACACGACCAGUCACUCCAGGUGAGCCUUGAGUCGGACACAUACUCCGCCAUCUCCUGUGACAGCUGCCGCCGCUGCAUGAGGCUUCCGCCCCUCCAUGCGUCCCUCCCACAGAAGAGCAGCGGUGCGGGGCGGAGUCAGGACUCGGACCACGCCUCCACCGCCCCACCCCCCCAUCCCCCCACACACAAGCCCCCCGGUGCUCCCCCAGACACGGAGAGCAACAGGAAUUACGUGACCUUCCUGCCGGCCCAGACCAUGUACACCAACGCCGCUAAUCUGCAGCAGACCAUCUGGCUCCAGCAGCAGCUCUUCCGGCAGGCCCUCACCAGGGACACCAGCGCCCCCUCCACCCCCACCUCCACCCCACGCGGCCUGCCCCCCCGCGCCCCGCCAAGAGCCCACCAUGACCAGCCCGUCAAGAUGGAGUGGAAGGUGAAGCGUCGGCCUGAUGGCACUCGGUACAUCACGCAGCGUCCCGUCAGGAGCAAGAUUCUGAAGGAGCGUGCCAUCAAGAUCAACGAGGAGCGCGCCGGACUGACCACGGACGAUGAUGCCAUGUCCGAGAUGAAGCUUGGCCGCUACUGGAGUCGGGAGGAGCGCAAGCGUCACCUGGAGAAAGAGCGAGAGCGACGGCGGCGACAUGAGCUGCUGCGUCGCCAGCACCAACAGCAGCAGCCCCAGCCCCAGGCAGCACAGUCCCAGGCCCCUACAGCACACCUUCCCCCUGAGGAGCCCGUGCAGCCGCCCCCACGUCCCAGCACUCUCGAGAACGGCCUUCACCAGGCGCUCUGGCGGGACCACUCCAGCAGAAGGAAGACCUCGGCCACCCUGGACGCCUCCCACAGGAAAGUGUCGUCCUCCAGGAAGCGAGCGAGGAGCCCCUAUGGAGUGAGGGACGCCCGUGGUGCCUCAACCCGCCCGCCGCCACACCAGGCCGGCCAGCAGCUGGUGAAAGGCCUCCUCUCCGUCACCACCGUCUGA